CGGGCUUUUGAAGAUGGCCAGGAAGGGUCAUUCUGGCGGGUCAGCCAAUGCUCCUCAUCCUGUGCGGGCAGGAGGCUCUCAGCAUAUGUCAAUGGCUCGGAGCCAGGUGACUAGUGCAACUGUAGCCCUCGCUCAGGGAGCGCAGAAGAGGAGAGCAGAGGAGCCGCUACCCCGGGAGGCGGGGAGGAGACGCUUAGAAGAGGAGCCGAGGAGAGACCUGGGAAAGCGACCCGUAAGCUCGACUACGGCAGAGGUUGAGAAGAGGGCGAGCAGGGACCCUGUUACUAGACACUUGGAGCCGUGGGUGGAUGCGGAGAUGGUGAUUGGCUCGUACCAAGAGGCGGUGAAGCAGAUGCUGAGGGUGGAUGUGGUGGAAGGACUUUUCACCGAGGAGAUGGGGUAUAGUGGCAUGACUUUGUCCGCUCUGGAGGAUCAAAUGAAGGCCACCUUGAAGUUAUUCGUCGCCACCCAGAAUGUUGCUGCUCACCGGGAGUUUGACCGAGGCCAGAGGGAUGAGCAAGCGGUGACUGUGGCCAAGCUGAACAGGACGAUUGGAGAGAAGGCCAAGGUGGAGGAGGAGCUGGGGCUUGUGUGGGGUCGGCUUGAGGCUGAGAUGAAGAAAAAUGCCGAGUUGCUGUCGUUGGUGAAUCUGGUGAAGUCACAGCGGGAGUUGGAUGAGGCAAAGUCACAGCGGGAGUUGGAUGAGGCGAAGCAAAAGAUAGAGGCCCUCUCUUUCAAACUGCAGUCCUGUUAUGACGACGCGGUGAAGGACUAUAUUCAGUCGGCCGAGUAUCAAGAGAAACUCGAUAAUCAAAGGGUUGAAGGAUACUUCGACCUGAUUGAAAAGGUGGGGGAGAAGUAUCCUGCCAUUAAUUGGAGUUUUUUGGACAAUGAGGCUAAAGAGGCCUCUGCUGAGGUUGUGAAGGGUGGUCGUGGGUGUCCCGAGUGCUAAGCCGAUGAUGCCCGAGCCAGCGGUCUGGGAUGUUGGCGUGACGUAGCCUGCUUUAGGUCCGAGCCCGUUGGGUGAGGUGCUGAGCCAAGAUGGUGUAGUAGCCACUGUUGAGGACAUUGGAGAUGUGUAGAUUUUGUGUUUUCUUUGCUUUCCUUUUGUAACCUCUGUAAAAGUACCUUGAAACAAUUUUGGCCGGCCUUUGGUCGGCUCGAUGGAUGUGGUCGUGAUUUUACUUUGACUUUCUUUUAAGAUUUAACUUGUACUUAGUUUACUCUGGGCAAAUUUUUCUUGUCGUGAGCAUGCAUGUGCUUAUUUGUGUGAGCAGAGCCGACCAGAGGCUGCUAAAGGGUAAAUAUGCUAGAAUAAAAUAAAAA